CAAGGAUAGGUUGCAAGAACAACUUAUACAAAAGUGUUGAAAAUCUUGAGAUGAUUCACCUGCGAACUGAAGCUUGCAAGACCAUGCUGCUAUACCCACAAAAUGGAGCAGAAGAUCAAUGCAAGAUGCUAAGACUGAAAAUUGAUGAAAGUAAACCCCUGAUGUGUUUUGUUUGCAAGACUGGUUGUAAGCUACUAAGUCAUUAUGAGACUGCUAUUUGUAAUUGUGGAGAGCGAAUGGAUGAUAUGUCUUUGGAAAUGAACGAGUCUAGGAGGACAGAUCUUGAUGCUCGAGACAGAGGCGUAUUUGUCAAAGGACCAGACCGAUUUAUAGUAAGUGAUGAAUUGCAAGCAAUGCCCUCGUCAACCGCAGCAAGCUUUUCCUUAUUUUCUAAACUUGGGAUCAUUGACACAAGCUCCAUUGAAGAGAAGACCUUCAGCAUGGGAGUAGACAAGGCCUUGAACUUGCUCAAGUGCUUGCUAGUAUCAAAGCAACCUUUGACAGAAGCCUUUUUGGAGCAGAACCCAGUUUAUGCCGAGUAAGGAAGAUUUUGAGCAGGUACGCUUCACAAAAUCUAAGUUAGAGACAGCAACAAAUGAUUACGGGAAGAUUUAUGUCAAGCUCAUGAUAAGCAAAUCCAAGAACAGGGCUACGCUGAAGCGAGUGAAGACUUUAUUGAUUUGCUCUUCAGUUUCCUUACUACUCCACUAGGUUUUAUAGUAAAAGAAAUGCAAGGUG